AUGGAUUAUGAUUCUCUAUAUAAAUUAAUUCCAAAAGAACCAAAAAAGUGGUUGACUUAAGAUGUAGUAAAUUGGUUGAAAUUUAUAGGUCUUGGAUAGAUGGAAGCCAAAUUCGGUAUUAAUUACAUUGUAAAAUUAGUUGAAAGUUCAAUAGAUGGUUCAGUAUUGGAAGAUUUAACUGAAAAAGACUUAGAAGAGGAAUUAGGAGUCACUUAGAGAAUACUUAGAAGAAAAUUGUUAAAUUGUACUAUUACAUAUAAACUUUUAGGGGUAAAUCAUGGGUUGAAAGAAUAUUGUGAAUAUAUAAAGCAACUUAAACAGUAAAGUCUUAACAAUAAAAGAUAAUAAGAUGAAGAUUUUACUAUUUAAAAAAAUAAUGCAAAUUAUCAGUUUGAGUAGAUGUUACUAGAAAAUUAGGAAAAUAAUAAUAAUAAUAAUCAUCAUGAUUAAUUUACAAGUUAAGUUGCUAGAAUUGAAGAUCAAGCACUUAAAUAGGAAAUAACAACAAAUAACAAAUUUGAACAUUAAUUAAUACUAUAACCAAUUGAAGGUUAACAAUCAAAUUUUUAUUGUGUAAGAGAAACAGGAGCAAAAAUAGGAAGACAUUCUAGCAAUUAGAUAUUAAUAUUAGAGGAGAAUAUUAGUAGAUUUCAUGCUGAAAUUAUAUUUCAAGAUCAUAUUGUAUAGUAAAUUGAAUAUUUUAGUUUGCUCUAAAAGAUGUUGGAAGUACAACAGGAACAUUUAUUAAGAUUCUUAAAAGUCUUACUUUGAAAACUGGAAUGUUAAUUGAAUUGGGAAGCAAUUAAUUUUAAGUAUUAAGUAUUGAUUAAAAAGAUAAUGGAGGACUUGAAGUAAUUUUAUUUAUUUAAUUUUUCAAGUUUUCUUUAUAAGUAAUAGAAGGACCAAAUUUAGAAGAUACAAUUGUUAUCUAGUUAAAUAAAGAUAAACCAUCUGUUACAUUAGGUAGAAAAUCUACUGUAGAUAUUUCAUUUCCAGAAGAUCAUCAUCUAUCAAAUUAACAUGCUAAAUUUUAUUUAGUAGAUUCUAGUGUUUAAUUAGAAGAUCAUGGAUCAACAAAUGGGUAUCUUAUAUUAUUAAAUAUAAGUUCAUGGUUGAGAUUAUCUGGAGAAGGAAAAAUGAGUAAUUUGUAUUAUUUAGAAUCAGUUGAAGAAACUGUUAUAAGGAUUGGAACAACAAAUUAAUAUAUAUGCUAAUAGAAUAAGAUGAAGAUUAAUGAAAUAUAAGGAGAUAAUCUUUGUAUAAUAUGUGUUGAAAAAGAAAGAGAUUGUUUGAUAUUGCCUUGUAAACAUAAUGCUACUUGUUUAAAAUGUUGUAAGAAUCUCUCUGUUUGUCCACUUUGUAGAGUUAAAAUCUUAGAAACUAUAAGAAUAUAUAAAAAUUGA